AUGGAUAAUAUAUGGAGUCGCCGUGCCAACUCGAGCAAGCUUUCCCUCUCAACGUCUGGCUCCGGCGGCCUGGGCGACAGCUCCUCUGGGCGCAAUGCCACCCCUAAGCGAUUUGGCGGUGACAGCUCGUCCCACGGCAAGCCCAACCCGUUCAACGCAGUUCCCACUCCCGUCACCAGCGGCCUGGCAUCUCCCACAGGCAACGCAUCGAGCGCAUUUGGACUGGGCUCUGGCGCAUUCGCCUCAUUCGGCGCCAAGACCCCCAAGUCACCUAGAAACCCCUUCGAGGCGACCUUGGGCUCUUCGGCUAUCAAGACGCCAUCGGCUGAGAAAUCUGCAAAUGAUGGUGGUCUAGGCGGCAAUAAGGCGAUUGGGAAGCCGUCGUCAAACGCGUCCCUGGCCGAGUCGGGUAAGAACACCUUAGGAUCAUCGUCGACCAUCUCGGCCUCGGGAGGAUCGGCCCACCAGCUGCGCAAUAGCUGGGCUUUCUGGUUCCGACCACCUAUUUCCAAGGCCAACGGGUUCAUCGAGUACGAAAAGACUCUGCACCCGAUUGCCGCCUGCGACACGGCCGAAGAGUUCUUCGCCGUGUACGAGCACCUCAAGCGGCCUUCUGCUCUACCCAUGGUAUCGGAUUACCAUCUCUUCAAGAAGGGGAUUCGCCCAAUAUGGGAGGAUGAGGAAAACAAGAACGGAGGAAAAUGGAUUGUCCGCCUCAAGAAAGGGGUCGCAGACCGUUACUGGGAGGACUUGCUGCUUGCCAUUAUUGGCGACCAGUUUGGCGAGGCCAACGAUGAGGUGUGCGGUGCUGUGCUUAGCAUUCGCAGCGGGGAGGACAUUCUCAGCAUCUGGGCUCGAGCGAAUGGCCAGCGAGUCCUGAAGAUCCGCGAGACCAUGAGACGAAUCUUGACCUUUCCCCCGGAUACCAAGCUCGAGUGGAAGAGCCACGACUCGAGUAUCCAGCAGCGCACUGCCAUCGAGGAGUCGCGGCGUGAGAAGGCGAACAAUCACCAUCACGGCGACAAGCGGUCGUCCAAGCCACAGCUGCCGCAGCAA